GUCAGGAAAGUAUGAACGUCGCCGAAGGUGGAAAAACUGAUCUUGGAACGAUUGAGGAGUCCGCUGGUAGCUUGUCAGAGACACAUCAUGACUUAUCACGAUCUACCGGCCUUUUGCCCGCUUCAGAAGAGCGUCAAAAUAGCGAAUCUGAUGAAGACUCUGAUGAGGAGGAAUUCGUAUAUCCUGGAACAUCUGUUUCAAGUACAAACGAUGCAGACGAACCAGAACCUAGCACAGGCGAAGGCGAGCAGUCUGUGAUCGAGGAAGUCCAAGACGCGACUUCUUUCGUAUAUCAACCACCCAUUCAAACUAUAUGCCACCCCUCUCCUGCACAGCUGGAAGCCCUCUAUGCUGCUGCCUCCUCCGGAGAUCUCCCGCUCCUUCAAAAACUUGUACAAACCGCUCUGCAGGGGGGUGAUCUGGAGGCAUUCGCUCUU